CCUCCUCCUGUCUGUGCAAGAGCCAUGACACGCAGGCCACUUGUUUUUGUUUUCCUGUCACGUCCAUACUCUUCUGGCUCAAGCCAUCGUGACUCUCACUAUCUUGGCACAUUGACAUCGCGCCCCUGCCUGCCAAGGCGCUACAGCCCGACAACGCUGCAAUGUCGAAGCGUCCACACACCGACACCGCUGCAACGUCGAAGCCUCUGGUGGUGAUCACGGGCGCGACGUCUGGUAUCGGGGCGAGGGUCGCUCAGGACUUCUCCGCCGCGGGGCACCCGCUGCUGCUCCUCGGCCGCCGCCAGGAGCGCAUGGAACAGCUUGGGCUUCCCAACGCGCUGUGCGAGAAGGUCGACGUGUGCGACGCGGGCGCUGUGCGGGCGGCCGUUGACAAGGCCGAGGCCAAGUUCGGCCCCGUCGGGUGCCUGGUGAACAACGCGGGGGUGAUGUUGCUUGGGAGCGUGGCGAGCCAGGACCCCAGCGAGUGGACGCAGAUGCUGCAGGUGAACAUCGGCGGCGUGCUCAACGGCAUCUCCGCGGUCCUCAAGGGCAUGCAGGAGCGCAAGGCGGGCCACCUCAUCAACAUAUCCUCCAUCGCCGGCAUCAAGCUCUUCCCCAACCACGCGGUUUACUGUGCGACCAAGUUCGCCGUGCACGCGCUCACAGAGGGGCUGCGGCAGGAGUGCGCCGGGCUCGGCGUCCGCGUCACGGUCAUCUCCCCGGGCGCGGUGGAGACGGAGCUGCUGAGCCACACCACGGACCAGAGCAUUAAGGACGGGUACGGGAAGUGGAAAGAGAGCAUGACCGAGGGCGUGCUGCAGGCAGAGGACGUGUCACAGGCCGUGCUCUUUGCGUACAACAUGCCGAAGCGGUGCUGCGUCCGAGACAUCCAGCUGGCGCCCACCAACCAGGAGCCCUAAGCCCUGAACGUCUGCCGCGCCGCCCCGCGGCAGUGAAAGGUGCAUGGCCGCUUCGGAGGUUUUUGUUCACGCUGUCGUUCUGAGUUCAGACCGUUUAUAUAUAUAUAUAUAUAUCAUACAACCGCUGGGGCCGUCAUCACCCUCGGCAUUUUGAACACACGUGCACGGCCAGUUCGGCUUUCGUCAAAGCGCCGGUCACGUUUUUCCUAGCGUGCGCGGCCAAGUCGGCUUUCGUCUGAAAGCCGUCAUUUUUUGUUCCUAGCGCGCGCGGCUGGAUCGGCUUUCGUCUGAACGCCGUUCCAAGUAUUAUUGUUUAAUGUCACAGUAAGUACACUUUGGAAGAUGCUUGUGUCCCGUCCUCGUUCCAGGACGCCGCGACUGCCAGCUCCCUUGGUUCUGGUUUGAUAUACACAUGUGCACGCCAGCUUACGAUCUCGCGGUGCAGAAUAAACAAAUGCUCGCCUGACUCAGUCUCUGGAUCUCGACUGCAUGCUCCCCUCGGAUGCGAUGGUGGCCGCGACUUCUUCCCCCCCGAAGGUCGGAC